CAUAACUCUAUUUUUGUUGCCUCCCAUUGUGCCAAACCCCAACUGUCCCAAUCUUUGUUCCUCCAGCUUUGUGACUCUUUUUUGAACCAUUUUAUUUCUAUUUCAACUUUUCAGGUUUUACAAAUGAGGGAUCGGCGUUUUUCACAGGGCUGUCCCCUCAGGGUGGCACUGAGAGGGUGGCACUGCCCUCAGGGCUGUCCCCUCAGGUGGUGGCACUGCCCUCAGGGCUGUCCCCUAGAGGGUGGCAGGGCUGUCCCCUCAGGUGGUGGCUUGGCCCUUGGGGUUGUCCCCUGUCUGGGGGCUGUCCCCUCAGGGUUGUCCCCUCAGAGGGGCUGUCCCCUGAGGCAUGGCCACCCCCUGAGGGCUGUCCCCUCUCUGGGGCUGUCCCCUCAAAAGGUGGCCUCUCCCUGUUGGGGCUGUCCCCUCAGGCAGUGGCAUCGCCCUCAGGGCUGUCCCCUCUCUCGGGGGGCUGUCCCCUCAGAGGGUGGCCUUGCCCUCAGGGUUGUCCCCUCAGAGGGGAUGUCCCCUCAAAAGGUGACCUCCUUGUUGGGGCUGUCCCCCGAGCAGGUGGCCUCCCCCAGGGGCUGUCCCCUCUCUGGGGGCUGUCCCCUAAGGCAGUGGCAUCACACUGGGGGCUGUCCCCUCAGAGGGUGGCCUUGCCCUCAGGGCUGUCCCCUCAGAAGGGCUGUCCCCUCAAAAGGUGACCUCCCUGUUGGGGCUGUCCCCUCAGAGGGUGGCCUUGCUGUCAGGGCUGUCCCCUCAGAGGGGCUGUCCCCUCAAAAGGUGACCUCCCUGUUGGGGCUGUCCCCCGAGCUGGUGGCCUCCCCCGGGGGCUGUCCCCUCUCUGGGGGCUGUUCCCUAAGGCAGUGGCAUCACACUGGGGGCUGUCCCCUCAGAGGGUGGCCUUGCCCUCAGGGCUGUCCCCUCAGAAGGGCUGUCCCCUCAAAAGGUGACCACCCGAGGGGCUGUCCCCUCAGAGGGUGGCCUUGCUGUCAGGGCUGUCCCCUCAGGCAAUGGCCUCCCUGUUGGGGCUGUCCCCUCAAAGGGUGGCCUUGCCCUCAGAGCUGUCCCUUCUCGGGGUCUGUCCCCUGAGCUGGUGGCCUCCCCCAGGGGCUGUCUCCUCUCUGGGGACUGUCCCCGCUCAGGGGGCUGUCCCCUCAGGGGGUGGCCUUCCCCGGGGGCUGUCCCCUCUCUCUGGGGUCUGUCCCCUGAGCUGGUGGCCUCUCCCGGGGGCUGUCCCCUCAGGCAAUGGCCUCCCUGUUGGGGCUGUCCCCUCAAAGGGUGGCCUUGCCCUCAGAGCUGUCCCUUCUCGGGGUCUGUC